UCCCACCAUCUCUCUGUUACACACACACACACUUCACAUCCAUUCUCGUAAUUCUCAAAAACACAACCCAAAAACGCUAUCUUUCAACCCUUCUUCAUCAAUCCCAACACACCCUUUUCCUCAUGCAACAUCAAACAUAAAAACAACAAACCAAACUCACUCACUACACAUAAAAACACAACAACAUUAGUUCUCAUUUUCCUUAAUAUUCUGGAAACCUUGUUGCACUUGAUUAAGCACUAAUGUAAUAUUGUCAUUUCAAGCAACAACACUAUAUUAUUUAAAGCACGUACAAAAGAAAAAAAAUUGUUUUUCUUUACUUUGAUUUUUACUUUUUUGAGAAAAUCAGUGAGAAUAUAGUGAUGGCUGGGAAUGAAUGGAUUAAUGGGUAUCUGGAGGCUAUACUCUCAACUGGGGCAUCAACCAUUGAAGAGAAUAAGCCUGCACCUGUGACUCUAAAAGAUGGAGGGCAUUUCAAUCCUACAAAGUACUUUGUUGAAGAGGUGGUGACAAGUGUUGAUGAGUCUGAUUUAUAUCGCACAUGGAUCAAGGUGGUUGCCACAAGGAACACAAGGGAGAGAAGUUCAAGGUUGGAGAACAUGUGCUGGAGAAUUUGGCAUCUUGCUCGCAAGAAGAAACAGUUGGAAUGGGAGGAAGUCCAGAGGGUGACAAGCCGAAGAUGGGAGAGAGAACUAGGACGUAGAGAUGUAACGGAGGACAUGUCUGAAGAUUUGUCAGAAGGAGAAAAGGGUGAUAGUAUUGGAGAGAUAGUGCAUACCCCAACGAAAAAAUUCCAUCGUCAAACUUCGAAUUUGGAAGUAUGGUCAGAUGACAAAAAAGAAAAGAAGCUUUAUAUUGUUCUGUUAAGUUUGCAUGGAUUGGUUCGAGGAGAAAACAUGGAGCUUGGUCGAGAUUCUGAUACCGGUGGACAGAUUAAAUAUGUGGUAGAACUUGCUCGUGCACUUGCAAAAAUGCCUGGAGUAUACAGAGUAGAUUUGUUUACACGCCAAAUCUCAUCACCUGAUGUUGAUUGGAGCUAUGGAGAACCUACUGAAAUGCUAACAACAGGUGCAGAUGAUGAUGAUGAUAAUGUUGGGGAGAGCAGUGGUGCAUAUAUAAUAAGAAUACCUUUUGGUCCACGAGAUAAAUACCUCCGAAAAGAACUUCUUUGGCCCUAUAUUCAAGAAUUUGUAGAUGGAGCAUUAGCUCACAUUCUCAAUAUGUCAAAAGUAUUGGGUGAACAAGUUGGUGCAGGCCAACCUGUCUGGCCAUACGUAAUUCAUGGACAUUAUGCUGAUGCUGGAGAUUGUGCUGCUAUUCUUUCAGGGGCUUUAAAUGUACCAAUGGUGUUGACAGGUCAUUCACUUGGAAGAAAUAAGCUUGAACAACUUCUUAAGCAGGGACGCCAAUCGAAGGAGGAUAUUAAUUCAACAUAUAAGAUGAUGAGGAGAAUAGAAGCAGAAGAACUCUCUCUGGAUGCUGCAGAACUUGUUAUAACUAGUACAAGACAAGAAAUUGAGGAGCAGUGGGGACUUUAUGAUGGAUUUGAUGUCAAGCUGGAGAAAGUACUGCGUGCUCGAACUAGACGUGGUGUCAAUUGUCAUGGCCGAUUCAUGCCAAGGAUGGCGGUUAUCACUCCUGGCAUGGACUUUAGCAAUGUUGUGAUCCAGGAAGAUGGCUCUGAUGUUGAUGGAGAGAGUAGUCAGCUUACUACUAGUGCUGAAGGUUCUUCGCCAAAAGCAAUGCCUUCAAUUUGGUCAGAAGUAAUGCGUUUCUUUGAAAAUCCCCACAAGCCUGUGAUCCUGGCCUUAUCAAGGCCAGAUCCAAAGAAAAACUUAACCACUCUUUUAAAAGCCUUUGGAGAAAGCCGUCCUUUAAGAAAACUUGCUAAUCUUGUUCUCAUAAUGGGAAAUAGGGAUGACAUAGAUGAAAUGUCUUCUGGGAAUGCUAGUGUGCUCACAACAGUGUUGAAAUUGAUUGAUAAGUAUGACCUAUAUGGGCAAGUGGCAUACCCUAAACAUCACAAGCAAUCUGAUGUUCCAGAGAUAUACCGAUUUGCUGCAAAAACAAAGGGUGUUUUCAUAAAUCCUGCUUUAGUGGAACCUUUUGGUCUUACUUUAAUUGAGGCAUCAGCACAUGGGCUUCCCAUGGUAGCCACUAAAAAUGGUGGACCAGUGGACAUUCAUCGGGCACUAAACAAUGGUUUGCUUGUGGACCCUCAUGAUCAGCAAGCAAUUACUAAUGCAUUGAUCAAGUUGUUAUCCGAUAAGAACAUGUGGCAUGACUGCAGAAAAAAUGGUUGGAAGAACAUACACCUUUUCUCAUGGCCUGAACACUGUCGUACUUAUUUGACUAGGGUGGCAGCAUGUAGGAUGAGGCAUCCACAAUGGCAAACUAGUACUCCAGGGGAUAGUAUAACUGUUGAAGAGUCUUUCAAUGAUUCACUUAAGGAUGUGCAGGACAUGUCCCUUAGGCUCUCAAUUGAUGGUGACUUAGCUGGAGCAAGUGUUGGCACUGACAUGCAAGACCAAGUGAAGCGUGUCCUAAGCAAGAUCAAAAAGCCAGAUUCUAGUGGUCCAAAUGACAAUGAUGGUGGGAAUAAGUUGCUUGACAAUGUACCUGGAAAGUAUCCGCUAUUGAGGAGAAGACGUUGGUUGAUUGUUAUAGCACUAGAUUUAUAUGGCAACAAUGGAGCUCCUGAAAAGAAUAUGACCAAGAUAGUGCAAAAGAUCAUUAAAGCUGUUCAGAUAGACCCUCAAACUGCAAUAGUUUCAGGAUUUGCUUUGUCCACGGCUAUGCCAUUUCAAGAAACUGUAGAGUUCCUUAAAUCAGGCAAAAUUCAAGUAAAUGAUUUUGAUGUUUUAAUUUGUAGUAGUGGAAGUGAAGUUUACUAUCCUGGUACUUUCACAGAAGAUGGAAAGUGUUCACCUGAUCCAGAUUAUGCAGCUCAUAUUGACUAUCGUUGGGGUUGUGAAGGUCUAAAGAAAACUAUUUGGAAACUUAUGAAUACUACUGAAGGAGAACAAAAAAAAUCUUCCAGCCCCAUUGUGGAAGAUUUGAAGUCUAGCAAUGCUCAUUGCAUCUCAUACAAAAUAAAAGAUCUCAGUAAGGCAAAGAGAGUUGAUGACUUGAGACAGAAGCUUAGGAUGCGAGGCCUACGAUGUCAUCCUAUGUACUGUAGGCGGUCAUCUAGCAUGCAAGUUAUUCCACUCCUUGCAUCAAGAGCACAAGCACUCAGGUAUCUCUUUGUCCGUUGGGGACUGAAUGUUUCAAACAUGUAUGUCAUUCUUGGAGAAACUGGGGAUUCUGAUUAUGAGGAAUUGAUGUCUGGAACUCACAAGACCAUAAUCAUGAAGGGUGUGGUGCCUAAGGGUUCAGAAGAAAUGCUAAGAGGUCCAGGAAGCUACCAACGAGAUGAUGUUGUACCCAAUGAGAGUCCUCUAGUAGCAUGCAUUAAAGAAAUAACUGAGGACAAGAUUGCUAAAGCUUUGAAAGAACUAUCUAAAUCUGGGGUAAUGUGAGGUGAUAAACUACUAGAUGCAAUUUUCUUCUUUAUUAUCUUUUAUUUAAAAAUAUGAAAACAAAUUAAGUAGUACCAAUUGAUCAAUUUGCUUUUGUAGAGAACAAAUGGGAAAUGGAUGUAAUUUUUUGCUUUGUGAAGCAUAGAAUCUAGCAAAAGUAAUAUAUGGCUUAUUUUUUGACAAAAUGCUUUUUGAUGUAAGAACAUAAAUAGAAAUUUCUCUUU